GCCAGUUUCAGAAGCAGCAGCAUCAGCAGCGAGGAACGUCUCCACCGCGCGCCUUGACGAAUGGUAAGCCUGCUUCCGACGGGGAGGACGAAGCGCAGCUGACUGAGAAAUGGGGGAAGGAAGGGAAGAGAAGGAAGGAAGGAAGGAGAAGGGAGAAGGCUGGUCCUCCGCCUCUCAGGGGAGCCCUGGGCUGCUGGGUGCUGUCGGGCUCCCGCGGAGCUGUGCCGCCCGUCUAACGCCUCUUGGUUUUCUCUCGCUCUCCGCAGGCCCAGCCGGACGGGGAAGCGCUCCCGAGCGCCCUGGAUAAAGAAGAGGCGCGCUCGGGCGCCAGCACGCCCUCCACACCCUCCGUCUGCUCCCCACCGUCCUCCGCCUCCUCCUCUUUGCCGUCGGGGGCCAAGAACGUCUGCUUCAGUUGCGGCAUGGAGAUUGUGGACCGGUACCUGCUCCAGGUAAAGGGCAGCCGCGUAGGGGGGAAUGGUUGGUGUGCAGGUGUGUUGCGGGGUAGAGGCAGUGGACGGACAGGGGUUUUCACCGCCAGACCCGUCAGCCCUCAUCUCAGGUCCCUUUGCCUCUCUCCCCCCCCCCCACUCCUCGCAGGUGAACGACCUCACUUGGCACAUGCGUUGCCUGGAAUGCUCAGUGUGCCGGACCUCGCUUCGCCGGCAGCACACCUGCUACGUCAAGAACAAAGAAAUCUAUUGCAAAAGGGACUAUUUCAGGUAGGUUCCAGGAGGCCGCGGGGUAUGGACGGAACUGUGGGACAGAGGGAGGGCGAAUCCGGAGCGAUUCCGCUUGCUUUGGAAUUUCCUGGUUGCUGGAUCAGCAUGUUCUGGAAAGGUCUCCUGUACGCCCGGGCGGGUUUGCUCUGGAUCACUUUUAAAGUGAUGGUUUCAUAUGCAGCGCAGCGAAGUUUACUUGGGAGGAACUCGAGGUGGGCCUGGAGCUUUCAGAUAGAAAUUAUCUCAGCUUUGGAGACUGGAAGAGAAUGGGAGUCUUGGGUUUCUUGUGGUGUUUUGCCCCGUAGCGUUCAUACUCGAUUUGCGGGAUGCGGCUAAUGAUGCAGUCACUGGUACCUAAAGAAGGACUCGAACUGAACGUGUGAACAAAGCAUUAACUCGGGUGCAAAUUGUUCAGUCUUCGGGUCUUUGCUCACCAAAUCUUGGCCAAAAAAGUGUGGGGAGGCUGACCCCUAUAUAUAUAUAUUUAGGCGCGCGCACCCAGUUAGGCAGGAUUCCGAAUUUGCUUGAUUUUAAUUUAUACUGGUUCUUAAUCCUGAUUAAUUAAUCCGGAAUUAAAAAAUUUAAACUUUAAAACAGGCGUCCCAAUCUCAAACCAGUUCCUUCCUCUAAGAUUAGGAUUUGGUAAUGAAAACGAAGUCCCGCUCGGAUUCCUGGCUAGGCGGAACUCCGGAGCGGAGGCGGGCGCUGGUUUUGGUUUGGAGCUGCCCGCCUCCAACAUCCUUUUUCUGAGGGGGGCAACUCUGGAGGUCGGAAGCGGGUGCGCUUUGACAGCGGAGGCAGAAACGUCCACUUUUUGGCCUUAUCUCGGAUUGUCUCCAGGUGUCUCGUUGUCCGCCCGGGCCAGAGAUUUGGAGUUUGGAGUGAGCGAAGCGGGCAGCUGCACUUUCCUGUAGGAAAGGGGGGGGGGCAGCUAAAUCCGAAUCCGUCUUUCUUGAAGGGUUUUAUGGGGGGGAACUUUCUAAAAAUAGAUAAAAGCGGAGAGACACCCCUCCAAGAGGUUGAAUAAGGGUAGGUUAUUCUGGGCAAGUGGGGGGGGGAUUCGAAUUAUACAUAGGGCACCCGAGCGCUUCCCAGGGCUGUUCUGUGAACAGGCUGACCCCCGAGAGGCGAGCACUGGGGGUGGGGUGCGUCCAGAUUCGUUGACGGGGUUUCUCUCCCUUUCGCAGAAAUUUACUGAGGAUGCUGUGAAGAAUCAAGGGGCGGGGGUGGGGUGGGCGCCGGGUCUCUGGGUCAGGGCCACCCCUUGCUCGGUGGACGAAGCCCCCUUUCUAAGGACUGCGGAAGAGACUUCCAGCGAAGUUGAUCCGGUGCCUCUCAGUCCAGUGCUAGACUGGACAGGCCUCUGGGGCGAGGGGCGGAGCAGGAAAUCUCCUGCAGCGGUGAAGCCAGCCAAGGCCAAAGGACAACAACGCCUCGUUUCCUCCUCCCCCCCCCCCCGCCUCGACCGUUUUCUGUAGUUGAGAGAAGGACCCGCUCAAAUAGUUUUUGUGAGGUUUUGUUUUGUUUGUGUAUGUGUGGUUUUUUGUUUUUUUUAUUAAAAAAACAACCUACGCGCGCUUUUACUUAGUUUGGAUUUGACGGGUUGCGCGGCGCGUUUGGAACGGCCUUUGCCCCCCAGCCCGCCCGCUUUCUCAAACUGACCUACCCUUCCGCACAAUGGGUUUGCUUUAUAAUACUACGGUUUUUGAGAGGAUAAAUGAGAUCAGGAGGGCUGGGCGAUGUUCGGCAGGGAAACGGGCGCCCUUCUGGAGUAAAGAAAAAACGGCCGGCGCCUUUGCUUCGUCGCCCGGGACCCGCCGUGCUAAAUAGAGGAAGGGAGACGUCGUCUGAGUGGCCCAGAAUGCUCUGAAUCCCGAACCCUUCGAUGGCACUUGCUGAGAUUAAUAAUAAUAAUAAUAAUAAUAAUAAUAAUAUAAUAAUAUAAUACCUAUUCGGGCUAUAAAGCGGGAUAUAUUUCAAAUAAGCAUAAGAAGAACAGAAGUAGUGCCCGCUGGAUCAGGCCAAUGGCCCAUCUGAUAUCUUUCAAAUGCCUUUCAAAUAAAACGGAAUAAAGUCUUCUAGCCGACCCAAUUUUGCGCGCCGCUUCAAGGUAGCCAGGGAGUGCUGCAAACUAUUGUAGUUUGCUUUGCUUUGCUUUUUCCAAAUAAUGGUCGGCGAAUUUUGUGACUUACUCCAGGAGCUGGAAGCGGACCCACCCAAGCAAAUCCGAACUCCGGGGUUUAAAGGCGCUGGAUCAAAAAAGGAACCUGGGAUUGCGGGCGGAAGGUGGGGACUGGGGGUGGGCGCUUGCCCUAGCUCCCGAGGGGAAGACUCUUCCCAUGGAAUCGGGCCCUCCUAAAAGAAAGUCCUUCUUUGUCCAUUCCUUGGCUUGGGACCCCGUUCUCUCCUCAGCGCCCUCCCGGCCUGCCGUCAAGGAGGUCCGAGGUGGGCAAACCCUUUCUGGGGGCAGAUGCUUCGGAAAAGGGGGAGAGGUCGCCCUCUCGCCAGGCGCUGCCCCCCUAAUGCGCCUUGAGGCGGCCGCGCAGCGCCAGGCUUCCUCGAGGGACCAAGGCGCCCUGGACGGCGCGCGUUGGGGGUCACCUUUUCCAGAAGGGGAAAAACGAAGCAGGCGAGCUCUGUUGCAGAGCGCGUUGCUGAAAUCACAGCGCUGCGGAGCUGCCUGAUUUUUAAACCUUUCCUUACCAUGCCACCUAACCGAAAACAGUAGUAGUAGUAAUAGUUGUUUUGUUUUAUUGUUGUUCCCAAAGUAGUUAUAUCCACUGAAAUGAAUGGACGUGGCUAACGGGUCUCAGUUGUUCGAGCGGAGUAGAAGAACUUAUAUGCAGUUGUUUUUCCUGUUACCAUUAUUUUUUAUUCAACGAAUUUCUAUUCAAAAUGCAACCGCUGAGUCCAUUCAUAUCAGUGGGUCUACUCUGAGGGUGACUAGGACCGAUGGCAACUUAUCUGUUACUAUUAAUAAUACAACACCAACAUCUAGACAAAUUCUCGGGUUUUCGAAGUUAUCCUUCCAAGCUGCGUUUCCUAAAAUAAAGCCUAGUCGAGUUUCCUGGGGCUUACUUCCUCACGAGUGGGUGGAUCGGGGUCUUCAUCCCAACGUCCUUCUCAGUCUUUGGCAUUUGCCACCCCCCACCGCCCUCCGCUGUCGCGUGUCUGGAAUCUACGCCACUGGACAACCGCCCGCGUUAUAGCAUUGCCCCGGACUGAAAAAACGAAAAAGAACCCCGCAAACCAAAGAUGCCCGAAAACGGGGCAAGGAGAACCAGAAGGAAAAAGGAAGGAAAAACAAUAAAGAGGAAGCUAGGAAUCGUUACGGUUUUGUGUUUGCAAACAAGCACUGUCGUGGCAAGAUUUCGAGCCGAAAUGGAUUCGAAGCGAGUCCGGUUUGCUAGUUACGCAGCGCAAGUGCUUUCGGUUUUUAAAACUCAUACUAGCUAGGGUGAAAAAUAAUGGGGAGCGUGUGAUGGUUUAGGGUUUAGGAGAUCUCCCCAAGCCAAGGCGGCGGCGGCGGCGGGAAGAUGGUGCUAAAAUGUUUGAAGUGAUUUAAGGAACCUGAAUAAAUGCGUCCCAUUGCAAGACAUCUCCCGCCGCCCCGCUUGCCCGCUGACCUCGCCUGGCUGGGACAGUGUCUGCCCACCCGCAGUGGGGGGUAGCCUACCAUGAAUCCCCUCUCCCUCCCAGCAAAGGAACUUGCAAAUGAGGGUCGCGGCUGGAUCUUGGUUCUGAGAGCUGCGGGGCAAGCAGCCUCUUCGGGGCGGAGAUCGGCUCUCGGCUCCAAUCUGGCUCUUUCCUUAUAUCUAGAUACUUGCGCCGCUGUCCCGGCCAGGGAUUUUAUGAGAGACAGAGAAGAUCUUAAGGCUGAGAUCUUGCAAGGUUCACUCCCUCUACCUGGGAGAAAAUCUCACUGGGGCACGGGGGAGUCGCCUAUAAGUAAAAACCUGCGCGGGAUUUGCCUGUAAGGCUGCAAAUUCUCGGGGUGGAGAGCGGGGAAAAUGCUCCAUGGAGCGCAGCGGCUCUUGCUCCCGAGCAACCGCACCGAGAAUCGCGCUGCGGAAAACGGAACAUUCUUAAAUUCAAGCGGUAUGCGGAAAGAGAUUUGCUCUUGAAGAGAACAAAUACAUAAAUUGUAAUAGAGGAAGCGGAGAGAUUUGAUAAAAGUUGAAAACCCUGCCUUUGUUCUGUAAAACACUGCGCAUCAGAGGGCGUCGAGCAGGUUUGAAAAAUUCAGGUGAUGCUCCACCAACUCUGCUCCGGUCUUGGGCUUCGCCUUCAUCAUCUGACAUUUUCCGAGACACCAAAAUCCACGCCACAUCUUGACUAAAUGUGUCCCCUUCUCACCAUCCCGAAAGAAAAGGUGUAAAUCAAAAUCGAGGUCUUGGCAAGUUUUUUUGGGGGGGGGGGUAUUAAUUGGACGCUAAACACCCGCCCCGCCCCCCGAAAAAGACAUCCUUCUGAAGCAACCUCUGAUUGAGGCUCUUGCCGGGUGUCUCUGAAUGGAGAUUGCAAAGGGAGGGUCGCGAUCAGAUUCGCAGGAGAGGGGGCUAUUUUUUGGAACUUUGAUUGAAACUUCAAAGACAGAACAAAAGUCAGUUAAGCCCACAGCACUUAUUUUCCAGUUAUUUAAUCCAUUAUUUAUUUUUACUUUUAGCAGCCAAAGGAACUGUUAUUUCCUCCUGCUGCCGUUCCUCACUUUGCCCGCAAUAAACCGAGAGAUCCACAUCUACUGGUGAUAUCCAGAAUAAUAUGUUCAUAAUUAUAAUUUGAACUUCUUGCUGUGUUAUCAAAUAAGUUAAAAAUUGAAACACUGAAUUAAAAUGACCAUUCAUUUAUUUACACACAUACUUACUAAGACCUAAUGGCCAUAUAUAUAUAUAUAUAUAUAUAUAUAUAUAUAUAUAUAUAUACCUACUUAUAAUUAAUCUGAGCAAGUAUUAAUACUUGUUAUUUUCCCCGUUUGAAUAUGCACAUUUCUGAGUUAAGAUGCUGCAUGGAAUGUGCUGCACACUUUGUUUUUACAUUUAUACAUUACAAUAUAUUAUUAUCUUGAUAUAUUAUCUUGAACACCCACACAUACACUCUGCAUAAACUACAUUUUUUAAAAAGGUGAAAAGCAACCUUGUGGCAACUUGAAGAUGAGCCUACUUCGGGGUAGAUGUUUUCUGUUCCUUGACUAUUGGCAUCAGAGCAAAUCCAAGAGAUGGUUACUUUCCAGCAAUACACCUCCCCCAUCUAACCUAAUCUAGUAUUUUCUCUAUGCUUCCCAGACAUUUAAAAUGUUGCAUUCCACUGUCAACUGGCGAAGUUAUUUCAAAGCAGUUUUAAUCUGUCACUUUCCUGCUCAGCCAGGCUCCCAAAUGGAGCCAACGUUCAUUGCAAAUUCCCCUUCUGAGGGUUGGGGCAUGGCUUGCAUCUCCUCCCUGCUAGAUCAUUUUAAAAUGCAGAAGUGAGGCAAAUAAUUCAUGUCUGAUGGCAAGAGGAUGCAAUAACGCAAAAGGUAUCCCACCAGUGUUACCAGAUGCCACAUUUGAAGUAGAAAGAGCACUGAGCAUCGCCUAGGUGGAUGACUGGGAUGGUGAGGAAAGCAAGUCACAUCAAACUGCCUUAACCACAUAACACCAGUCCUGAGAGAUCUGCAUUGGCUCCCAGUAUGUUUCCGAGCACAAUUCAAAGUGUUGGUGCUGACCUUUAAAGCCCUAAACGGCCUCGGUCCAGUAUAUCUGAAAAAGCGUCUCCAUCCCCAUCAUCCAGCCCGGACACUGAGGUCCAGCGCCGAGGGCCUUCUGGCGGUUCCCUCAUUGCGAGAAGUGAGGUUACAGGGAACCAGACAGAGGGCCUUCUCGGUAGUGGUGCCCGCCCUGUGAAGGAAAUAAGCAGCUCUCUUCUCUUUAAAAGACAUCUGAAGGCAGCCCUGUUUAGGGAAGUUUUUAAUAUUUAAUGCUGUAUUGUUUUUAACACUUGAUUGGAAACCGCCCAGAGUGGCUGGGGAAACUCAGCCAGAUGGGCGGGGUACAAAUAAUAUAUUAUUAUUAUUAUUAUUAUUAUUAAUUUAUUUAUAUUUCACUCUUGGUCUAUCUUGCUCAGCUUUGCCUGCACUGACUGGCAGCUGCUCCCCAGGGUUUCAGGUAGGGUUCUCCCUCAUUCCCAUGGGGAGAUGCCAUUGGGGAUUGGGACCUUCUGCAUGCGAGGCAGGGGCUCUGCCACUGAGCGAAGGCCCUUCCUUGAAAGAGCUGCAAGGGGGGGAGAGGGGAGAGCUGAAGAACAGUCAGUCAAGCAGAGGAUGAGGAAGCCUUGAGAGAUUGAAGGAGAUGUUGUAGUGGGACCACCUGCCUUGGGAGCAGAGUGGGCUGUCUGUCAUUGGAGGUAUCCGAACAGAAGCUGGGUGGCACCAGAGAUGGUGCAAGGUUGCACCUUCCAUUGCAGUUCCUGCUCUGAGAAGUGGGUUGGGCUAAGCGACCUCUGAGUUUAUUUCAAUUCUAUUUCCAGUAUGGGUAGUCUAACACUCGAAAGCAUGCAACCCCACAAAUGUUUUUACCUUGACUUUCCUCAAGGCUUUUUGGUGUCCCAGAGGGUUCAGCAUGGCUGCCACCUAUUGCAGGUGGGUAGUCAAUAAUAAUAAUAAUAAUAAUAAUAAUAAUAAUAAUAAUAAUAAUUUAUUUGUACCCCUCCCAGUCUACAAGCUGAGCCCCACUGACAAUAACAGAACUUACUUCUGUGUAGACACAUAUAGAAUGGUACUAUUGUUCUCUACGGUGCUUUGCAUGUGCAGAGGGCCAAGACAUUAUUAUAAGUGGUUUUUGUUUGCUCGAAGAUCCCUUAUCUUAGGGGGUCUGACAUAUGCAGGAGGCUGCAUCCAUUUGCGGAGGGCAAAAUGGAGCUGCAAUUGAGAUUUAAAGAUGUUAGGCUGGUGGUUACAUUUAAAAGACAAAUAGAUAAUGAUGCUGUUCUGUUUGUUUUAGGUGUUUAACAUUUCUAAUUUUAUGUGAUUUUGUUCAUGAGAUUUUGUGGUGGUUCUUUUACCAUAUUUUGGGGGUUUGAAAUCUUAUGAGAAUAAGCUGCUUAGGAAGGAUCUUUGUUUUUGAAAAGCAGAACCCAAGUUGAACUGCCCUGAGACCUUCGGGUAUAGGGCGGUACGGUGGUGCCUUGGGUUACGAACUUAAUUCGUUCAGGAGGUCCGUUCUUAACCCGAAACAGUUCUUAACCUGAGGUGUGCUUUUGCUGAUGGGGCCUCCUGCUACUGCUGUGCCGCCGGCACACAAUUUCCGUUCUCAUCCUGGAGCAAAGUUCUUAACCCGAGGUACUACUUCCAGGUUAGCGGAGUUUGUAACCCGAAGUGUUUGUAACCCGAAGUGUUUGUAACCUGAGGUACCACUGUAUAUAAAUUCAAUUAACAACAACAACAACAACAACAACUGAUGAUGGAGAUAAUACAAGCAGGCAGAGAGCAUACUUGCACCUACCAGGGCCACAAUUAAGGUGCAAGUUUACAUGAGAAUAAGCCCCACUGAACUCCUGAGGACUUGCUUCUGGGUAGACAUUUAAAAGUUUGUGCUGGUAAGCUACUUGUUAGCUUGAAAAUAAGCAAGUUCAAGUCCCAUCAGUGUUGCGGAACUUCCACCUGUAAAGUGCGUAGUUAAUCUAUGGAACUCACUCCCACAGGAGGAUUAGACAAAUUCAUGGAGGAGAAGGCUACUUGUCGCUACUAGGCAUGAUGGCUCUCCUCUGCCUCCAUGGUCAGAGGCAGUGAUGCUUCUGAAUACCAGUGGGAGGGCAGAGUGCUGUUCUUGUGCUUGAAUUCUGUUGGUUUCCCACAGGCAUCUGAUGCGUCCUUGUGAGAACGGGAAGUUGGACUAACUGGACUAUAGGCCUGAUUGAGAAGGCUUUUAAUAUGUUCGUAAAAGGUUGCCACUGUUGCUUUUUUACUUUGUCCUUUAAAACAAAAAACACAGUGUCCUUCCUUCUAUCAGGCAGAUCCUUGGGUUGUUGUGGCUUUAGACACAAACUGAGCCUGGCAAAGAGGUGAAAGGCGUGCGCUCUCUCUCUCUCUCUCUCUCUCUCUCUCUCUCUUUCUGAGAAAGCCUGUAAUCAGAGGAGAAAAUGUUAAUUUUAGGACUAUUCUGGGCACAGAUGAAUUGUGCUAGCGAGACACAGAAAGCAAAGGAGGAGAAUAUUGAAUUGGAAGAUACAUGUACCUAUACAAUGUUAGGUACAUACUUUUUAAAAUGCAGAUGUGGGAAAUGUGAGUCUCUGUGCGCGCAUGGAACAAAGCACCAUGUUUUAGAAAACAGCCACAAAUAGAUGUGACGGCAGGAGUGUUUGGACCAGAUUAGAUGCACCCAUGUAUGCAGAGUGGAAUACAAACUCAUAUUGAAGGCAUGCGUUAUGAGGGCGGAGGCAUCAGUUGCCGUCUGAUUAAAAAUAUGCCUUAAUUAUAUGGAUUUGACUAUUCAUGCACCACAGCCCUGUUAAGUAGGCUGGCAUAAAAAUCCCUGCACCUCAGCUUGAGAAAUCCUUUCCGUGGUGUGGGCUGCUGUCAGUUUCUCAGUAGGGAAUGAAAUGCGUUUCGGACCAUGCUUAAGGGGGGGCGGCGGCUAUGUGGCCUUCCAGAUGUUGCUGGACUCCAAAUGCCAUCACUCCUAGCAAUCAGCCACAUGUUGACUGAGGUCGUUGGAAGUCCAACAACAUACGAUGGGCCACAGAUUCCCCAUCCCUUUUGUAAGGCCUGACACUCACAACAUGCAAUGAGGCUCUCAGCACUUGACUUAAAUAUGAGUGGUUUAAAUUAAGCACAUUCCACUGGGAUUUGAAGCCUGAAUGCAGACUGCAAUUUAAACCUGGAAGUAGGAAGGCCUCCCCACUGGGGUUCAGUAGGGAGCACAGUACGCACUGCAGGGUUGCUGUUCGGAUGGUUUUUAUUUGGCUGCACAAGCACGGCAGCCUUUGUGUCUUCACACAAGUGCUGUGCAGUCAGGUCAUUUUGGACUUGAGCUUAAUAAUAAUAAUAAAUUUUAUUUAUACCCCGCCCUCCCCAGCCAAGACCAGGCUCAGGGCGGCUAACACCAGAUAUAAAACAAUUGAUUGAAAUACAACUUAAAAAACAAGAUUAAAAUACAACAUUAAAAUGCAGCCUCAUUUCAGUGGAAACUCAAAUCAAAAACUUUUUUGGGGAUGAAAACGUCAAGUCUUCACUAAGGCCAGCUAUCCAGACUGGUCCUACGUGGGCCAGAAAAAAGCCAGGGAAGUCCCCAAAUAGGAGUUCCAUCACAAGAGGAGAAAGGAAAGAGGGGAAGGGGAUCAGGCUGAUUCCAAGCCAAAGGCCAGGCGGAACAGCUCCAUCUUGCAGGCCCUGAGGAAAGAAAUCAGAUCCCGCAGGGCCCUGGUCUCAUGAGACAGAGCGCUCCACCAGGCCGGAGCCAGUGUUGAGAAGGCCCUGCCUCUGGUUGAGGCUAAUCUGACUUCCUUAGGGCCUGGGACCUCUAGGGUGUUGCUAUUUAUGGACCUUAAAGUCCUCCGUGGGGCAGACCAGGAGAGUCUUAGACACAGUCCUCUUUUUCCACGUGUGGCAAGCUGUUCAUUCUGCAGAGUGGAGCUCCCAGGCUGCUUCCCCAAAGGCCUAUCCUGAGAACACGGUUGCAAGUGUGUGUGUCUGAAGCUUGCUGUGGCUCAGGGAACUGAUCUCAGGUCUUGCUGAGAAUUCAAUACAGAUCUGAGCUGAGGCAAAUGUUGAUACAGCUCACGUUUUAUGUGUGAUUCCAAAUGUUACUUUGUUGCCUUGAUAACUUUGCUUUUAAUUACCUUUCUUCUGUAGCAUCCACCAGUUUAGUCCUUACGGUAUUUACUUACACCUCAAAUUUAACUUAAACAUUUUUCAAAAGAGGGUUUCUUAUUAUUUGUUUUAUUAUUACAUCCUGCUUUUCCUACACAAAGUUGUACAUUUCUUUGUCUCAAUGGGCAGGUGAUCUUAUAAAAAUACAGUUUUAACUUAACUACUAAAAGCAUGUUCCGAAAGCUCUUGUUCAUCAAAAGAAUAUCAUUUUUAAAGGUCUGACGUAUUACUGGAACAGGGGACAGAAAAACUAGAGUUAAAACAAUGUAUGUAAACCUGCCCUCCCUGAUUAAAAUGUGCCUCCCCAAAUUAAUCUACCAAGUAAGUCAGAAAACACUUUCAGUCACUACUUAAAGUGGUUGUGUAGAACAAUGAUAAGUGUUGCAGGUCUAUUCAAAAAUCCUUUUUCUUCUCUCUGGUGCUGCUGGUGGGGACCCAAGCUUUCCCCGAGCCUGUUGCAGCAAUGAAAAAUUAAUUAAUACCGUUCCUUUGUUUGUACAACCAUGCAAACAGAGCAUCUCACAGCCAGCUUGCUGCAUUCCCCAUAUGCAAGAAAUUAGCACAGUCUUGGUUGUUCCUCCGUCGCUUUCCCUGCUCCCCCCUCUUUCCAAAUUGGCUUUGGGACUGUUCAGAUACAACUCCUCACUUGCGUUUUUCAGAUGCAGUUCUGCUUCGGUUGCCCCAGGCUGCAUAAGAGCAAUGGGGGACGGGGUCAGUGCCAACGUGGGUGAUGUUCUCUGGGACCCACUUUAUCUGCUUUGUGGCCAACGGUGGUCGUGAGAUUGGCUCAGGUUUUGCACGGGGUCCAUCUCUGUGUUGGAUAUGAAAAGGAGUGAGCUGAUUGUGCCAAAAGUUGGAUAAAAUCAUUGGACCUGGCUCUUAGGAGCUUGAUAGUCAAAUGUCCUUUUGCUCCUAAAGGGCUUUAUCCUUAACAUGCUGAGUACUGCUUUAGCUCUACAAAGCUGCAGGAGGAGAAGCAGAUAACCUCCAAAGUCUGCUCUCAGCACCACUGCCACAUUCCAGAGCUGGGAAUGGCACAAUUCUGUUGGUGCAAAGUGGGUGCAAAGAGCCUGCAAUAAUUCGAGCAAAUGAGCCAAGGGCCAUGCUGAGGAGAUGGCCCUCACCUCUGCCCCAUUCUUCCUCCCUCCUCACAGGGCAGGUAUCUAUUACAGUGGUUCUCAAACUUCUGUUGCCUGUGGACCACUUGAAAAUGGUUGGAGGUCUCAAUAGACCACUUAAGCCAGUGAUGGCCAAACUCAGCCCUCCAGCUGUUUUGGGACAACAACUCCCACCAUCCCUAGCUAACAGGACCAGUGGUCAGGGAUGAUGGGAACUGUAGUCCCAAAACAGCUGGAGGGCUUAGUUUCAUUGUCACUGCCUUAAGCCUUUUCCUUCUCUUCUGCAAAUCAAAGAACAUGGAGUCCCCCAAGUAUCAAUAUUGGAAUCUGUGCGUAUUAACUUGUUCAUAAACCAUCUAGCGUUAGGUGUGAGCAGUGAGGUGGUCAAGUUCACUGAUGACACUAAAUUGUUCAGGGUCAAUAAAACAGAGCUCUGAAAGGAAUGGGCAGUAAAACAGGAAAUGCAAUUCACUGUAAAAAUGUGUAAAGUGAUAUACGUUGGUACAAAACCACCUUAAUUUCACAUAUAUGCUCAUGGGGUAUGAACUGGUGGUGAUGGACCAGGAACAUGGGCUUGCUGUGGAUAGCUCAACAAAGAUGUCCGUCCAGUGUGUGGCAGCUAUGAAAAACACAAAUUAUAUGCUAGGGAUUAUUAGGAAAGGAAUUGUAAAUAAAACUGUUGAUACCAUAAUGCUAUUAUACAAAUAUAUUUUGUGAGCACAUUUGGAAUAUUGUGUUCAGUUCUGGUCACCUCACCUCAAAAAGGAUAGUGUAGGAUUGGAAAAGAUUCAGAAAAGGGCAACCAAAAUGACCGUGUGUGUGUGUGUGUGUGGAGGGAUUCUCCCAUGGGGAUAGGUUGCAGCAUUUGGGAAUUUUUAGUUUAGAGAAAAUGCAAGUAAGAGGUGACAUGACAGAAGUUUAUAAAAUUAUGCAUGGAAGGGAGAAAGUAGACAGAGAAAAGUUUUUAUCCCUCUCUUACAACACUAGAACUUGUGAGCAUCCAAUGAAAUGGAAUGUUGGAAGGUUCAGGGAGAUAAAGGAAAGUCCUCCUUCAUGCAGGAGUUAAACCCUGAAACUCCCUCCCCCAGGAGGCAGGGAGGGCUUGGAUGGCUUUAAAAGAGGAUUGGACAAAUUCAUGGAGGAGGAAAAGGCGAUUGAUAAGCCAGUAUGGCCAUGCUCUGCUUCCACAGUUGGAGGCAGCAGUGCUUCUGAAUACCAGUUUCUGGGAAGAACAAGGGGGCUCAUGUGCUCAGGUCCUGCUCCCUGGUUUCCCACCAGCAUCUGGUUGGCCACUGUGAGAUCAGGAUGCUGGGCUGGCACUUCUUAUGUACUCAUGUUCAUCUGCAAGGAAGAAGGAAGGCAGCUACCAGGAUGACUCAAAGAAUGAGCAAGACAUGGAUGGGUCAUGGUGGAAUGCCCCCUUACUUUGCAAAGGGAGGUAGAUUUCUCUGCCAGUAGAAUGUUUUCAGUCCUUAGUAUGGAACUGAAGGGGAGCAAUUGUCUGCACUAGGUUAGGAGUUAGGUUCCCUCAAGUGGAAUAUUGAACUCCUGCCAUGUUUCGGCUGGGAGGAGGGACAGGUGUAUUUCCGCUGCACAGUGGAGAAUGAUCACCAGUGCACGUCACCAGAAGCGAUGCACAACCUGUGGCAAACCUGUAUCCCAUUAUUGUUGGAUUUCAUUUCACAAUGUCAGCCCUGACCAGCAUGGUCAAGGAUCAGGGAUAAUGGGAGCUGUGGCUUGUCAACAUUUGGGCAGCCACCUGUUCCCCUUCCCUGGUCUACGGUAUAAAUGAGAGCUGCUUUAAGCAUCAGCACUACCCACCUUUCACCCCAUGGAACCUUGGGAAUUGUAGCAUUUCAAAAAGCUAUGAUUCCCAAUGCUCUUUCCCAAUGGCAGUGAAACAGUUUCAGGCGAUGUAGCAUGACUGCUUUCUGAGGACCAGCUAUACCCUCUGGUUCCUCCAGGUGGGUGUCACCUGGAGGAACAGGUGUGCUAUAUCUCUUUGUUGGACCAAGGUUUUGUUGCUACAUUUAUUUAUUUACUUAUUUGUCGCAUUUGUAGCCCGCCUUUUUCUCCAACGAGCUCAAGGUAGUGUACAUCGGGUUCUGUUGCUUCUCACUUCAUGGCCACAGCAACUCUGUGGGGUAGGCUAGGCUGAGAGGCAGUGGCUGGCCCAAGAUCACACCCAGUGAGCUAGGGUGGUGAAGUAGAGAUUCGAACCCUGGUCUCCCAGGUCCUCGUCUGGUACUCUUACCACUACACCACACUGGCUUUUGAUUCACUGUCCCAGGGGAUUCACUUUCCUGAGACUACUGUUUCAGCAUUUCAGUCUGAAAGGUAGUGUGACCUACUGGGCUGAGAUUAGGGUUGGUGGUCUUGUACGAGAAGUUGCGCCAGCUUUUGCCAUAAGAGUGAGCAGGAGGCACCCAAAUCACUGCCAGCUUCUUCACUCUGUGUUUCUCUCUCCUUGCAGUCAGUUUGGUACAAAAUGCGCCCGUUGCCGGAGGCAGAUCUAUGCCAGCGACUGGGUCAGGAGAGCCCGCGGCAACGCUUACCACCUGGCCUGCUUUGCCUGCUUCUCCUGCAAACGUCAGCUGUCAACUGGAGAGGAGUUUGGCCUGGUGGAGGAGAAAGUCCUGUGCCGGAUUCACUAUGACACCAUGAUUGAGAACCUCAAGCGCGCAGCAGAGAAUGGUAGGUGGACACGCCCCCCCCCCGGGAUGCCUGCUUACCCCCUCUGUGAGACGGUAGGAGGUGUGAUCCCUUCCUCUCAACCCUGGACUUAUCCUGGUUGAUGUCUCUCGACAGAAAAGCGCAGAGAUGCAUUGCCCUCCAAGCAGCUCACAAAGGAUAACUAAGCAGAGCGGAAAUGUGUCGACUUCCGAAAAUUGGCCUCCAUGUGUUUCUAGGUGUUGAAUAUUCUCCAGAUACGUGCUAGAUAUUUGCCAGAAGUCUACCAAAUACUUGAUCUCUAUAUUUGCAAACUAUUUUUUGUUGUUGUUGUUGUUCCGUUAUUUCUUGCUCGACGAUAUCUGGUGGGCAGCAUGCAAUGGCAUUCAGUAUCUGACAAGGGUUGCCAUUUUCCAUUUGGCGCUUACUAUUCAUUAUUUAUUUAUUGCAUUUAUACCCGCACCCCCUUUUCUUCCAAGGGUCUCAAGGUGGUCACAUGGUCCCGCCCCCCCCCCAUUCUUCAUGUAAUCCCCACCAUAGCCCUGCAAGGUAGGUUAGGCUGAGAGAGGCAGCGACUCACUCCAAGGUCACACCCCGUGUCCUUCAUGGCCAAGUGGGGAUUUGAACCCAGGUCCGACUCUGGCACUCUAACCACUGCACCACACUGGCUCUCCAAAACCCAAGUCACAAAGAGAUGCCAGCCGGCCACUUUCAGAGAGGAAGGCUUGCAGCUUAGCGGGCAACGCACCUGUCCUUCGUGCAGAAGGUCUCAAGACCAGUUCCUGGAAUUCCUAGGGAGAGUUGGGAACUCUUAGGCCUCUCUCACUGUCGUGGGGAAUCCUGCGGACUGUCAUUUUGGGAAGGGUGCUGGCCCCACAGACCUACAGUUCCCAACACGCUUAACAACUACUGUUCCCAAGGUUCUUUGGGGAAGGUUCUCCCCAUGGUUGUAAAAGGGGUAUGAGAAAGCUUUAAAUGUGUGGUUGGGAUGUGGCCAAAGACUUCUGCCUGAAGCCCUGAUGAGCUAAGGUGGACUAUACUGGGCUAGUGGAACCAGGGAUCUGACUUAGUAUAGCUUUUUAAAAUGUAACUAGUGGGAAGUUUUCCUUGGAAGGGUCAUAGAAUCAUAGAAUUGCAGAGUUGGAAGGGACCACAAGGGUCAUCUAGUCCAACCCCUGGCAAUGCAGGAAAUCUUGUUACCCAAUGUGGGGUUUCAACUCAUGACCCUGAGGUUAACAGUCUCAUGCUCUACUGCAUGGGUAGGCAAACCAAGGUCCGGGGGCCAAAUCCAGCCCAAUCACUUUCUAAAUCCAGCCCACGGACAUCAGCAUGGGAAUCAGCAUGUUUUUAUAUGAGUAGAAUGUGUCCUUUGUGGGGCAUAGGAAUUCAUUCAUUCCUCCCCCCAAAAAUAUAGUCCGGCCCCCCACAAGGUCUGAGGGACAGUGGAUCAGCCCCCUCCUGAAAAAGUUUGCUGACCCCUCUACUGGUUGAGCGAUUCCAAUGUAAGGCCCGGCUCAAAACAUUUUGCCAUCUGAGGCAGAGGACAAGAUGGGAGGAAUGGCUUCCUUCCAACAAACUCGGCUCUUGGGGAAACCAGCAAUAUCACGAGUGCUCCUGUAAAAGGAGGGCAAGGGAGAGGGAGGGGGAAGAGAGCAAGCAUCUUCCUCCGUGGAAUCUGCCGCUGCCAAGAUGAUACUAAGCAAAUGGGACCAACAGCCCAAUUCAUCCUGACCUACAGAGGCAGGCAGAAUGAUACGGAAAUGGUUAAGUCCGACAGUUUUAGAAGAUUGGUGAAUAGCCAUUCCCGAGUUGGAACUAGGAACACACAAUUGAAAACCUGCCUGGCAAAAGUUGGUACCACCUUCUGCUACUGCCAGAGGAACUGCGUGUGUCUGUGACAGACAUCCCCUUGGAAAUAAAGCUGCAAUUGAAAUUAUUCAACUCCAAUUGCAAAUCAGGUGAAAUUCAGCCAAAAAGUCCACUUCACCUUGCUUCUCCAGCCUCACUAUAAGUUGCAUUUUCAGCGGAAUUUGGGGGAACCAUUUGAAGCAUCCGUUGUACGGAGCUAUCUGCAUGGCUUUGGUGGGAUUCGCUCCUUGCAGACAGUGGAAAGUCUGUAGAUUUUGAUCAGAAACCUGAUUUGGAGUUGAAGAAUUUCAGCUGCAACUGUAGGUGGGAUUUCUAAUCUGCUUCCAGAGCCAGUGUUCUUUUGAGAUGGAAGGAGAAGUCUUCUUCCUCCCUGGAGCUCACACUUACAUGCUGUCUGCGUGCCUGAAGCCUACCCAGUGCCGGAUAUAAGCUAAACAAGCUAUAGCUUAGGGCCCCACUCUCUUGGGGGGCCCCUAAAAAUUUAAAGGAAAAAACACCUGGAUGCACAUUUCCAAAAUAUGAGAUAAAAAACAAAUAAAAUAAAACCUACAUACAGUUAGAGCAUAAUAAUUAUUUCACUAUUAAUAUACUUAUUCUUAACUGUAUUUCAGUUCAACAAUUACCGUGUUUUUCACUCCAUAAGACACACUUUUUUCUUCCUAAAAAGUAAGGGGAAAUGUCUGUGCAUCUUAUGGAGCGAAUGCGUGGUCCCUGGAGCUAAAUUGCCCAGGAGUGAAAAGCAGAUCAUGGUUUUUUUUUUUGAAAGAGGGAAAUGGGUGUUGAAACAAAGCCGCUGAUGGGCAAGCGAUCGGGGAGGGAGAUAAGGGACGCUAGCAAUAAAGGAGGCUGCCUGGGGGCGGAGGGAGGUAAAGACAAUGAACUUGCAAGGAGAGGAGACAGGAAGGUUAAAGCAAUGAGGAGAGAAAUUAGAAGAAAAGGAGGAGCAAAAAAACUGCUCCAGCUAAGGAAAAGACACUAAGGCAAACAAGAGGGAAGGGGGUGUUGAAAGGAAGCAGCUAAUCGGCAAGCGAUCAGGAGGAAGAUAAGGGAAGCCCAUGGAUCCUCAGGAUUUUUGCAUUGGGUCACCCCAAAUUCACCAUCAGAUCACAUAGCAUGUCCAUGACUACAGCCUGCGCCAAAAAAAUCAUGCACCCACUGUUGUAUGAGGCCGCAAUGGCGCAAAAACGUGGUUACAAAGCAUGGAUCCACAUGGAUCCUCAGGAUUUUUGCAUUGCGUCACCCCAAAUUCACCACCUGAUCACAUAGCAUGUCCAUGGCUACAGCCUGCACCAAAAAAAUCAUGCACCCACUGUUCUCAGGAUUUUUGCAUUGGGCUACCCUAAACUCUUUGACCAAACUGCGGGAGGCAGUGGAAGACAGGAGUGCCUGGCGUGCUCUGGUCCAUGGGGCCACGAAGAAUCGGACAUGACUAAACGACUGAACAACAACAACCCCAAACUCACCGUCAAAGCAGAUGUCUGUGGCCACAGCAUGAACCACAAAAAUCAUACAUCCACUGUUUUGUUCAGAAUAUUUUUUUUCUUGUUUUCCUCCUCUAAAAACAAGGUGUGUCUUAUGGAGCGAAAAAUACGGCACUUUGAUAAAAUGCAUAUUUUAUGUGCAAAUGGCUUUAGAUACCUAUUAGGUCCAUAAAUUAGCAUAUAUUCAACACCAAAAACAGCGACAAUUUGUUGUUGACAAAGGACAGCUGGACAUAUAAAGGGCCCCAUUACCUUCAGUAGCUCAGGGCCUCAUCAAACCUAAUCCGGCCCUGAGCCUACCAGUGAGUCCCACCUGCGCUGCGACCAGUCAAAUCAGUCUCUGGCAAACCGCAGGCAACCUCUCCUGACCCGCAGCAAGGCUUUCCAAGGGAAGUCCUUCACAUGAGCCCUGAGGAAGCAUAUCUGAGACGCUCUGGUGAACGCUGCAGAGGAGCCAUCCUUCUCAACAGCUCUGAGUUGCAAACUCACAAAGUGUCAGAAUUCGGAUACAUGCCUGGAGCCUCAGCUACUCCUGCCGUAGGACGGUUGCUAAUUCAUGCCACACUUUUAAAAGCGCAGCAUAAACAUAGCACGAUCUUUAUAUGCUUGUCAGAAGAGCCAUUUGUGGCAUCAGACCAAAAGCCCAUCUGGUCCGCCAUCAAGUUUCCAACAGUGGCCAAACAGAUGUGCAUUCACGAAGCCCAGAAGUGGGGCACAAAGGCUGCAACCCUCCCUACUGUUUCCCUCCCACCAGCUGGCUUUCAGUGCUGUACCUGGAGCACGUUUACCUGCAAUGGCUAGCAGCCAUUGAUAGACCUCUUCCAUGAACUUCUCUGGCCCACUUAUAAAGCCAUCUAAGGCAAUGACCACAAUCUAAUAUUGUGGCAGUAAUUUCCACAGGUUAAUUAUCCACAAUGUGGGUUUAUUUGGGGUGUUCUGAUUUAUUAUUAUUAUUUUUGGCCAACCCAUUUCAGUAGACACCUCUGAGUUUAGGGUGGUAGCGGGUGUCUCCAGAUAGGGCUUGACAGUUCCCUGUCUGAAUAACCACUGCCAACCUGUAGAUGCAGCGGUUCUCAACCUGUGGGUUCCCAGAGGUUGUUGGACUACAACUCCCACCAUCCCUGAGCUCUGGCCUUGCUAGCUAGGGGUGAUGGGAGUUGUAGUUCAACAACAUCUGGGGACCCACAGGUUGAGAAAGGCUGCUGUAGGGUGUAGACAAUACAGUCAUACCUCAGGUUAUGAAUGCUGUGGGUUGCAGAUCACGCCAAACCCGGAAGCACAAAAUGACAUCACGCACAUGCUCAGAAGUGCUGAGUUGCGUCGUGCACAUGAGCAGAUGCGGCGCUGCAGGUUGCGAAUGCUGCGGGUUGCGAACGUGCCUCCCGCACGGAUCAUGUUCGCAACCUGAGGUAUGACUGUACUGAACUAGAUUGUUUGACGCAGUAUAAGAGAGCUUCCUAUGUUCUAUAAAAGGUCAAGGGGAAUGAAUAUCUUUCUACACUAUUAAUAAUUUUAUUCACCUCUCUUAUGCACUUCCUUUCAAUUCCCCGCUAAAUUAAAAUACCCCGUCCUGGUAUCCCUUCCUCAUAGGAGAGUGGCUCCAGCCCCUUGAUCAUUUUAGUUGCCCUCUGAGAGCUUUACAAAACCGUUUUGAGACAGGCAGCAGAAACAUGGCAUUCCGAAAUAAGCCACAGCGCAAUAUUUCAGCAUUUGAAAUUUUAUUUUCAACCUCCUUUCUGACUGGCUCCUCGGAGGGGAGUCACCGUUUCACAGUUGCUUGCCACACACCAAGUCAACAUUUUCAUCAAGCUACCGUAGAAUCAUAGAACUGCAGAUUGUGAAGGGACCCUAAGGGCCAUCUAGUCCAACCCCCUGCAAUGCAGGAAUCACAGUUCAAGAAUCCCUGGCAGAUGUCCAUCCAACCUCUGCUUAAAAACCUCCAAUGAAGGGGACCCCACUACUGAGGUUCCCAGUCACCUCAGUGACUCAGACUCUGUUGGUGCAUGAUAUGCGAAGUUAGGGUUUGUGCAUCAGCUGCUGUUUGAACUUACAUUGAACUCUUUCCCCUUUCUUUGCCCACCCACUCAGUGUGGAGAUGUUCUUUUGGAGCUCCAUGCAGAUCUUUGGGGAACUCCACCGCUUGCCAUCCUCCACUGCAACUGAGAAUUACCCAUCUAUCCCUCCUCUCUUCUUCUCCUCUGUUCUUUAAUUAGUCACCCAACCAGAAGAGGACCUGUACUGUUAUCCACUGUAGAACUGUGGACAUCUAAUGAAGGUGGGCAGUUUGAAGAUUCAGGAAGGAUAAAAUAGUGUCCUCCUUCAUGCAGCACAAACUAAGGAACCUGCUACCCCAGGAGGCAGUGAUGGCUUUGAAAGAGGAUUGGACAGGUUAAUGGAUGAGGAGAGGGCUAUUGAUGGCUGGCAGUCACCACGGCUUGGCUCUGCCUCUACAGAGGGAGGCAGCACUGCUUCUGAAUACCAGAUGCUAGAAACCACAGGAGGGGAAGAGUGUGGCUCGUGCUCAGGUCCUGGUUUUGCACUGGGGCAUCUGCUUGGCCACUGUGAGAACAGGGUGCUUGACUAGAUGGGGCCCCUGUGGCCUGAUCCGGCAAGUAGUUCUUAUAUUCUUUUUGCCCAACAUGGGGCUGGAACCCACAACCCUGAGAUUGAGUUUCAUGCUCUACCAAUUGAGCUGUUUCUGGCUCCCAAUUGUUUAAUGUGUAGCAACAACUAAGUGUCUCUAUCCUCCUUAAGGAGCAAAUUGUCAUAACUUUUGUCAUAAUUCUUUUGUGAAUGGAUUGUGCACUCAGUUUAGUUCCAGUAUUGAAAACAAAUUGCUAGGCUUAAAGUAUGUCCCGAGGCAUCCUGCUCUUUCAUUCUAACUAAUAUGUCUUUUCUACUAGAUCUUGAGUUUCUAGUAAAGAAAAAUGCAAAGUAAGUCUGACAAGCCUAAAGCCUGCUUGCCCUUCUUCUACAGUGGAGAUAAAUGUAAAUUCACUCAUCUGUCAACUCCUUAUUCUCUGUCAGUAAGCCUUUCACAUCUUUGUAAACAGUCUUCCCAGAUGCUCUCCUGCCUCUGAUUUGCAUACAUUUCUUACUGUUUUUAGCAAUAUACUCUUUAGAUCUGGAUUCUGUGCUUGGGCACUAGAUCUGUAGGUAUCUGAAGUACACACAGCUGAUAUCUGUGUAUGUACAGAGACUUGUGCUCAAUGCAAUGGAUUUUCUAGCUUUCCCACUUCUUAGAAGUUGCCUUACUAUCUCAACGUUCAUUUGUAUCACCAAAGUAUGUGCUUCUCCCUAUUGGACAGGACUCACACUUCCUAAAGCAAGCUCAUUUGCCUUUUAUAGCUUUCUUGACACUGCUUUUUAACCACUCUAGCAUUCUUUUGGAUUGGUCCCAUCUUUCUUAAUCCAUGGUGAACAUUUCAUCCAAGCUUCUAUCACGGUGGUUUUAAAUAACCACCAUGACCUCCUUGCCUCUUCCUUUUAACAAAUCUUAACAUUUAUGAUCUAGUUAGAGAGAGCAAUGUUUUUCAACAAAGCAUCUCACACAAGUCUUGGGUAUGCCUUGUGAUUGACAACAAUAUCCAUGGAUGAUUGUCUCACAACAAAAAGAAAACAUGAGAUGGUGUGCUUGUGGAUUGUGCAGAACUGCCUGUGAAUCUGUGGCUGCACAGAACCUGUUUAUGUAGUCAUUUCCAGUGUGUGUGUGUGUGUGUGUGUGUGUGUGUGUGAACUUCAUUAAGUAAUCAAGAUAUUUUACAACAAAACACAGAGGCAGGUGGUGACUUGCUAUUAUAGAUCCACAGUACAUGGUUGGAUAUGACAGUAGAACAUGAAGAGGUUCAAUCUAAAGUAAGACAAGAAAAUAAGAUUAUUGUUCUUGCAGAAUGGAGAGGGCUAGUAAUAAUGCAUAUCAGUAUGUAAUCAGUACCAAAUAAAGCCAAAUUUGGUGGGAACCUGCCAGUCAUGACUUUGUAUCUUAAUGUACAUCAAAAACAUCCACCACAUGGCAACACAGUCAAUUGGCUUGGCAGGUGAAAUACGCAUUGAAUGAGUCAGCUUUUCUGAAAUUGAAAUAUGUAGGGUCUUCUGAAACCAAAUAUGAAGGGGAAAGUGUGACGUAUUUCUCCAUCGCUGGGUAACAAUCAAUAUAUCCACAACCAACAAUCAUAUAAUAAGAGUUUUACAAAGUAGUUCUGCAUCAUCAACUUUGCAUAUUGAUAAUACGAACAUAGAGCCUGAUUCUGUUUGUUCUUAAAUCAUUCUUAUAGGAGGUUCUGUGCUGGAUACAAGAUUCCGUGCUUAUGUGUGGGACCAGUUGUUUUGGGAAAAUGCACAUGGGUUUUUCAGGACCCCCACAUUUCCCUUCUUCAAGACAGUGGAUUUUCAGGCCUUUGAACAAAGGAGGAAAGAGAACAGCACUCAAACAAGGGUCCCAUGUGGUCCUCUUCAGACCGGGUGCUUUCCUCCUCCUCCUCCUCCAAAGUAAUGUGUGUGUGAUUCCCAAGAGAUAAAACUUUGCCCAAGUGCUAAGAAGUUGUCUGAUUUUUCUUUUCUGAGAAAAUGUGAGACUGGGGGGUGGGGGGGAGAGGCGUAUGUAACAGGCCAUCUUGGGCUGCAGAUGGAAACGAUUUCAGAGAAGGGGAGAGAUCUCAAAAUGAAAAUAAUCCGUGUUUCUGUUUACAAGGUUUAAGCGAGGAGAUGAAAACAAAAUCAAACCAAGAUGCAGGAGUGAGCUGGGAAGGGGGUGGGCGUCUGAGGCGCUCAUUUGUGGCGUGUCCUGGGCUGGUGUGGUCCAGCGGCUUGUUAGCGGCUUAGACUUGGACCCGGGUUCAGGCGCUUUCUGGGCUAGGGAAGCUUGCUGGGUGGCCUUGCUCAAGCAAACAGGGAUCUCCCUUGACCUUCAGCCUCUUGUUUGCAGAAGGGGGAAUCUGAGUGACUUACCUUACAGGUCAAGAAACAAAGAGUAAGGCUGUGCUCACACUCCUGGUUACUGGGCACUCAACUGGGUUUUUAAUCUGACUUCACACUACAUUAUAAUAAAUGCAUCUGUAGCCUGCACUUUGUUAUGAGAUGCUGCCACAGUGGAAUGCUUGGGUUGCGAACGAGAUCUGUGCGAGAGGCACAUCCGCAACUCGCAGCGUCCGCAACCCGCAGCGGUGUGUCUGUGCAUGUACGGGUUGCGAUUCAGCAUGUCUGCCCAUGCACAAAGCACAAUUUAGCACUUCUGUGCAUGCGUGACCGCCGAAACCCGGAAGUAACCCGUUCUUGUACUUCUGGGUUUUGGCGGUCCACAACCUGAAAAAACACGACCUGAAGCAUCUGUAACCCGAGGUAUGACAGUAUUUGAUGUGGUUGGGUCUCAAAUAUGUGAAGGGCUGCCAUAUGGAAGAUGGAGCAAGCUUGUUUUCUGCUGCUCUGGAGGGUAUGAUCUGAACCAAUGGAUUGAAACAGCAGGAAAGGAGAUUCUGAUUAACAGUAGGAAGAUUAGAGCUGUUCAAGAGUGGAACAGACUCCCUCGGAAAGUGGGGACUCUCCUUCAUUGGAGGUUUCUAAGCAAAGGUUGGAUGACUGUCUGCCAUGGAUUCUUUAGGUGUGAUUCCUGCAUGCAGAGGAUUGAGCUAGAUCAGGGGUCAGCAAACUUACUGUGCAUCGGGCUGGUGUCUCCAGCGUCGAUCGUGUGGCGGGCUGGAGGGUGGGGGAUCGCGUACCCAUACGUGUGCGCACAGGCUAUUUCUGGCGCAUUCUGAGUCGGAGGAGCACCGGAAAUAGCUUGUGGGCAUGUGCACGGGCCUCCUUCGACUCGGAUGUGCACCGGAAAUAAUGCUUGUGCAUGCACAAAUAAUGCUUGUGCAUGCGCACAAGCUAUUUCCGGUGCUCCUCUGACCUGGAAGCGGGCAGCCACACAGCGCCGGUAAGAGUGGGCAGCGGCAGUGGGGUUGCCGUGGGUUAGAUAAAUGAGUCCCUCGGGCCUUAUCCGGCCCACGGGUCUUAGUUUGGGGACCCCUGAGCUAGAUCAUGGGUAGGCAAACUAAGGCCCAGGGGCUGGAUCUGGCCCAAUCGCCUUCUAAAUCCAGCCUGCGGACAGUCCGGGAAUCAGCGUGUUUUUACAUGAGUAGAAUGUGUCCUUUUAUUUAAAAUGCAUCUCUGGGUUAUUUGUGGGGCAUAGGAAUUGGUUCAUUUUCUCUCUCCAAAAUAUAGUCUGGCCCCCCACAAGGUCUGAGGGACAGUGGACCGGCCCUCUGCUGAAAAAGUUUGCUGACCCCGAGCUAGCUGGCCCUCAGGGACCCCUUCUAACUACCGUAUUUUUUGCACCAUAACACUCACUUUUUUCCUCCUAGAGAGUAAGGGGAAAUGUCUGUGCGUGUUAUGGAGGGAAUGCCUACGGGUGGCAUGCCUACGGAUUUUCCUCCUCUAAAAACUACGUGCGUGUUAUGGUUGGGUGCGUGUUAUAGAGCAAAAAAUACGGUAUAUAGUUCUAUGAUUAUGUAAAUGAGCUUCACACCAACUGGAGUCCUGAAGCUGUUUCUAAUUGAUCUCUAGCCAAGGCGUGAACACCCCUGCAUAGGGCAAAGGCAUCCCCCCCCCCCGUCAACCCCCCCCCCCGCUGGAAUGUACACGAACAGUAAUGAAACUGACACUAAGGAAGCCAUGCUGGUGUGAACAGCUGAGGGGAGAAAGAGCACUAUGGGACACACAAAUUCUCUGCGCUCUAAGCCAUCAAUUUGAACACACCCUAAUAAUGAGAGGGUGGUGCCAUUCCCCUGAGUUUUGGGCAUCAAAUAGGUUUGGCACACAGGUCAGUAUCAGGCCGUGGCUGUACAAAGGCAGGCAGCUCUCCCAUCUCCUCUAGCAAGGGCUGCCCCAUAGCAAGCAACAAAGCUGCAGGCGUCUUGUCCUUAGAGGCUGCCAGGUUCAGACAUGAUGAGAGUCACAUACAGGGCCAAGGUGAGGCAUUCCACGUGAAUUUUGUUUAAGAGCAGCACAGUGGCAAAAAUUCAGUUCAUUUCACUGCCAUGGAGUGGGGUGUGCGUGCGCCUGUUCUGUUUGGGUUUUUCCUCUUUUUGUCUUCUGUCGUGUUUUGCCCGAAAUGUCUGGUGGUGUAGAAAUGACAAAGGUUUUGCUGGCCCCCAUAUCUAGUGAACUCUGUCUUCUCAGACACCAAUGAUCUUUGGGAUACCCCCCCCACUUGAAAUAUAUAUUGUUGUUUUGUUUUGGGGAUUGGGGGGGAGGGGGAGUUGGUUGGUUGUUUUUACUCCUGCUCAAGGACUAAUGGGUAAUUUCAUCUGGGAGCUGGAAAGGAACUCCCUCUUUGCUUCAAAAGGGGAUUCAAGAAAUCACGGAGGACAGAUCUGCCAGUGGCUAUUAUUAGGUUUGGCGGAUAAAUUGAGCCUCCAUGUCCUGACGCAGUCUGCCUCUGAAUACUAGUGGCUGGGCAGCAAUGGGGGGGAGGGGGGUUAAUGCAUUUGUGUCUGGCUUGUGUCUCCCCACUAAUUUGUCUAAUCCUCUUUUUAAGCAAUCCAAGUUGUGUGGCCAUCAGCCAGUUCCAUAGCUUAACUGUGUGCUAUGCGAAAAAGCACUUUCUGCCCUAAAAUGCCCAGCAUUGCAUCAUCAUCAUCAUCAUCAUCAUCAUCAUCAUCAUAAUUUAUUAUUUAUACCCCGCCCAUCUGACUGGAUCUCCCCAGCCACUCUGGGCAGCUUCCAACCAAAUAUUAAAAACAAUACAGCGUCAGACACUAAAAACUUCCCUAAACAUGGCCGUCUUCAGGUGUUGUUUAAAAGUAAAAUAGUUGUUUAUUGCCUUACGUCUGAUGCGAGGGCGUUCCACAGGGCGGGUGCCACUACUGAGAAGGCCCUGUGCCUGGUUCCCUGUAACCUCACUUCUCGCAGUGAGGGAACCGCCAGAAGGCCCUUGGUGCUGGAUCUCAGUGUCCGGGCUGAAUGAUGGCGGUGGAGAUGCUCCUUCAGAUAUAUAGGAUCGAGGCCGUUUAGGGCUUUAAAAGUUAGCACCAACACUUAGAAUUCUACGGGACGGGCCAUCCAGCUUGUUUCUAGUAAUCUGAGAGAGGGACAAAAUGCCCCUCUCAGUCCAUUUUCCCCACCCUGUGCAUGACUUUGUACACAAGCCUCAAAUGUUGCUUCCUUUCGUCAUCGUGACGAAUUCCUCUUCCAGUCCCUAGAUAAUUUUUGUUGCCCCCCCCCUUGUUGUCCAGCUCUACAAUGGACUUUUUUGAGUUCUGGCAAUCAGAACUCAUAAACUGGGUUUAUGGAAGACAAUCUUACUCGGCUAUGAGUGAUCGCCAAAGAAGAAGAUGAUUCCAAGUUUUGUUGUGCCACAGAUUUGUAUAAAGCCCUGCCUGCGUCACACUCCCCUCCCUGCUGCUCUGCUGGCUGAAUUUGUGUGGGGCUUCAGCCUGGCUCAACCAAAGUCCCAGCUGAUGCAGUCACUGCUUCGGCAUUCUGUCUCUGAAGCAAAGCCGUCCCAGUUUCAAGGUGUAGUUUGUGGCUCCCGCUGUCUGCAUCACGGCCCAGGAUAGGCCCUGCCCUGCCCUGCCAGCCCUUCCUGUGGCUCAGGAUGCUGAUUCCCCGAAGAGGGAGAUGUCAGCUUGGAGGGCAGAUGGUGGGCAGAGGCCAGGUGGCAGCUGUGGGUGGGGUGUGCCUUCCUGCUUGCUCCAGGGAGGGGACACGAAAAGCGCAAGCGGCAAUUCCAUUUGGCAUGUACGUUUCCUCUGGGAAUCGCAAAGCGAUUUCGCCUGUGUUGCAAGGCUUUUCUGGAGAAGGGAAAAUAAACACAUGUUGCUGAGGCUGAGCCCCAUUAAUCAUCCUGCAACAACGAGUCAAACUGUUAAAAAAGAAGAAAAUUCCUUCAACUGGGGCCAAGAUAAUCACAUCCCAAAUCUUGCCUCCAAACUGAAUAUCUCGGAGGGUGAGGAGCCUAACCAAAGCUGCAAAAGGGUUCCCACAGUUGCUAGAGUCUCCGUCUGCGUUAAGACUCGAGUCCCUGUCAUCACUCAGAAGAUAUGGCUAAACACAGGAAUUAACCAUUGUGACCCUGGAGUCGGUGGCUGCAAGAGCCACCGAAUAAAUGGGCUCACCCUUGCAAGGUGGUUUGAGCACAGAACGCUGAUCCUGCCCUGACUUCACUGGCUGCCGAUCAGUUUCUGGGCCCAAUCCAAAGUGCUGGUUUUGACCUACAAAGCCUUAAACAGCUCAGGACCACAAUACCUCAAGAACCGCUUCUCCACAUAUGAACUGACCCAGACCCUACGAUCAUCAUCUGAGACUCUUCUUUGUGUGCCUCCUCCAUGAGAGGUCUGGAGGGUGGCAACAUGAGAACAGGGCCUUUUCUGCAGUGGCUCCCCGUUUGUGGAAUGCUCUCCCCAGGAAGGUUUGCCUGGCUCCUUUGUUACAUAUUUUUAGUUGCCAGGCAAAAACAUUCCUCUUCUCCCAGACUUUUGGCUAAUUAAACAAUCUAUAGCCUUUUAAACAGUGUGUGUCUAGAAGUAUUGUUUUUGCUUGCUACUAUGUUGUGUAUUUUUGUGUUUUUAUAUUGUAAACCGCCCUGUGAUCAUUGGAUAAAGGGUGGUAUGAAAAUGUUGUUGUUGUUGUUGUUACAACCCCCAAUGCGACUUAUGCCUGUGGGUUCUGAAGCAGUGGCUUUCUCUCUCUUUGUGUGGGUAUCUUUGCACAGAAUAUUCUUGAGCAUCCUAUGUGUGGCUGGGGCAGUUGUGGAAUCUUGAUCAACAGUGCAGCUUCUGUGAGGAAAGUGAAAGGUCAAUCUGACUGGUGAAGGUGGGGGAACCAUACAGAGCCUGCAAGGGAUUGUAAGCUGCUGGAUGUAAAAGAGGAGCUUAGUGACUAGGAUCCCGGAGAAAGCAAAAAGUUGAGGAGAGCUUGUGCUUGAUAGCAGCUGAUGUGGGAGUGCUGUGUUCUCGGCAACCCACCAUCUUGUCUUGAACAUUGGGAAACGGGCCAACAAUGAGCUGGACCUGGCUUUCAUUAGCAAACUGACGCUGGGUGGAAAAGGAUCACCCAUGCAGACCGGAGCAGCAAGGAUAUCCUUUCUCCACUUCUGUUUCUCUCAUUAAAGCUGUUGUAGCUGCUGAUGGGGAAAUAUGAGGAGGAAAUGCCCAAAUAAAUGACUGGCGGGGUGCUGAUGGUGGAGGGGAAGGAACUGGAUCGUCUAAUAAGCUAGGUCUUUUAGGUGGUGGUAGGAUCUGGUGAUGACUGGCAAAUUUGGGUGAGAAUAUGUGGUAGGUAGAUAUUCCAUCUAUAUAUACCCAUUUAGGGCUGUGGUUAAGUGUGUUGCACUAAGACCUGAGAAACCAGGGUUCAAAUCCCCACUCAGCCAUUGAGCUCACUGGGUGACCUUGGGGACCAGUCACUGUGUCUCAGCCCAACCUACCUCACAGGGUUGUUGUGGGGAUUAAAUGAGAAGGUCGGGACCAUGUACACCACCUUAAUCUCCUUGGAGGAAAAAGGUAGAAUAUAAAUGCAAUAAAAUAUAAGAAGGAAAAAAACCCCAAAUAAUAAAACCACAAUGGAUCACCAGUACUUGUGCCCAGAACAGUUAGCAGUGUAGGAGUUGGUAAAGAUGCACAAGUUUCCCAGUCAAGGGCCUAGUCCUCAUGAACAAGCUCAGGCUGAGAGAAGUGCCCAAAGCACACACAUAUAGCUUUGUCCAGGUACCUUGAAGCUUUUCAGACCCAGGACCCACUUUUAACCCAAACAUGCAUUUUGGGAUCCAUUUCUUAACAUUUCACCAUAUAAUUGCACCGUGGUAGUGCUCCUGUUGCUACCUGCUUUGUAUCAAGCCUCAGCCCACUAGUGCAAUUGUGUGUGUGUGUGUGUGUGUGUGUGUGUGUUAAGAGGCAAGGGGGUGGCAGGGGGCACUGGGGGUGUAAAUGAUGAUCAGACUUUGAAAAGCUGAUGUCACCGGAUCAAGUUCAUCCAUUUUGCCAAAUGAUUUUGAAUAAAUGUGCAAUUAAUCAUUACUGUUUUUACUUUUAUUGUGUUAUUCUCCUCCUUACUUGGAUUGUGCAAACGGCUGUUCUGAAAAAUGUUUUUGGCAGGGUGCAGAAGGGGGGCACUGAGGAUGAGCUUGUGGAACCAGGGGGGCAGCAGCCUGAAAAAGUUUGGGAACCCCUGUACUCGUAGGUCCUGACCCACCAGCUGAAGAUCAGCGUUCGGCCAAUACGCACCAGAGUCACCCUUUGUUCUCUUGCAGGUAAUGGCAUCACACUGGAAGGGGCGGUCCCGUCUGAGCAAGACAGCCAGCCAAAACCAGCAAAGAGAGCCCGGACCUCCUUCACCGCAGAGCAGCUACAGGUAGAGAGCCGGGUGGGCUCUCUCAAGAGUGGUAGUGGGAUGCAGGACGAGGAGGAAUGCUGGCGACAUGCCUGGGUUACUCUUGAGUAUUGUCCUCCUCUUAGGUCAUGCAAGCACAAUUCGCUCAGGACAACAACCCAGACGCACAGACCCUUCAAAAGCUGGCAGACAUGACAGGGCUGAGCAGGAGAGUGAUACAGGUGAGGCUCUGAGCGCAGCACUGGUGGCCAAAAGGACUUGCCCUGUGGGCCACCAAAACCACCCGUCUGCAUCAGACCAAAAGAUCCAUCUAGCCGAGCUCCUUGGUCUCUUACGCCAACCCGCAGGAUGCCUACGGAAGCUUUGCAACCAGGUGCUAUGGGCAUCUCAGACCCUGUUUUCGUUUGGUUCCCUGAAUUGUGGGUGGGGCGGGGUGGGGGUGGGGGGUUUGCCAACAUUCCACGGAGGUGACAGUCUCAGAGUAUUACCCAGAAACGGAGAUGCUGUAAGGGAACCGAAAGGAGCAGGGUGGGGUGGAGGAAAUGGCCCGUGCAAAGGAUUGUGGAAGGAAAAGGUACAGGGAAGCUAGCAGUUUCAUAGGAUCUUAGAGUUGGAAGGAACCCAAAAGCUCAUCUAGUCCAACCUCUUGCAAUGCAGGUUUGAGGAAGAGCUAGUGCAAAUGGUAAGGAAAAGCAUGGAGUGCUUUCUUAAUAAUAAUAAUAAUAAUAAUAAUAAUAAUAAUAAUAAUAAUAAUAAUAAAAUUAUUUGUACCCCACCCAACUGGCUGGGCUUCCCCAGCCACUCUGGGCGGCUUCCAACAAAGAUUAAAAAUACAUCAAAAUGUCACACAUUAAAAACUUCCCUGAACAGGGCUGCCUUCAGAUGUCUUCUAAAUGUCAGGCAGUUGUUUUUCUCUUUGACAUCUGGUGGGAGGGUGUUCCACAGGGAAGGCGCCACUACCGAGAAGGCCCUCUGCCUGGUUCCCUGUAACUUGGCUUCUCGCAGGGAGGGAACCGCCAGAAGGCCCUCGGAGCUGGGCCUCAGUGUCCGGGCAGAACAAUGGGGUUGGAGACGCUCCUUCAAGGAUACUGGGCCGAGGCCGUUUAUAAUCAUAAUCACAAACUCUCAGGACUGGGAAAUAUUUUAAUGCUUCCCAGUGGCAAGAACUGCAGAGGAUUCUAGCAUGGCGGGGGGGGGGGGACCUUUCCCCCUAAAGAGCUAACUUUCCAAAUGCAGGGUAUGUGCAUGUAUUUUAAACAGCAAGGGUGCAUUCAAAAAACAUGACCCUCUCCAGCAGUAGGAAUUAUGCCAUUCCAGGUAAGCUGUACUGCAAGCUUUCCCAAAAUUCUGAAUUAGCUUGAAGGGGGAGGUAGGGGAGACUGUAAAAUGUCCACGGGAUGCUCUACUCAAUAAACAAAGACAAAGGGUGGUGGUGGAGGAAUGAGAUGCUAAAAUGUCUGAUUUAUUACUCAUAAAAUAAUGUUUAAUUGACCUGAGGUGGGUCUGUAGUAAGACACUCUGGCAAUGGCUGUGGUGACAGAGGAUGAUGAGCCCAGCUCAUCCAUUCUGAAGCCGAUAUAUCAGAGAAAGAGGAACAGACCGCUUGGGUUACUUUCUCCGGUAGCCUUGCUGUCAUGUGACACUCCAGGGAGUUGGGCUAGAUGACACUUUGACUUUGGACCCCUUCCAACUCUACACAUCUAUGAUUCCAUCUUGCAGACAUCCUUUUUGCUAUCAACCUGACUUCUCCCCAAGACCCCUCUUUUGCCCAUCAAUGGUAUAUAUUUUUGUGCUUCUAUUUUCCUCUGAUGUAUUCUCAACCAGGGUGAAACAGAAGCACCAGGAGCGGUAUUCAACUAAGUCUUACUCAGAGCAGACCUACUGAACUUAAUGGGCCAUGUUCAUUGAAUUCAAUAGAUCUACUCUUGAGUACUAGGGACGCGGGUGGCGCUGUGGUCUAAACCACACAGCCUUGGGCUUGCCGAUCAGAAGGUCGGAGGUUUGAAUCCCCACGACGGGGUGAGCUCCUGUUGCUCGGUCCCUGCUCCUGCCAACCUAGCAGUUCGAAAGCAUGUCAAAGUGCAAGUAGAUAAAUAGGUACCGCUCCGGCGGGAAGGUAAACAGCGUUUCCGUGCGCUGAUCUGGUUCGCCAGCAGCGGCUUAGUCAUGCUGGCCACAUGACCCGGAAGCUGUGUGCCGGCUCCCUCGGCCUAUAGAGCGGGAUGAGCGUCGCAACCCCAGAGUCAUCCGCGACUGGACCUAAUGGUCAGGGGUCCCUUUACCUUUAUCCUUACUCUUGAGUAAAACCUAGCAAGUUUUUUUUUUGUUUUUUUUACAAAAUCAACACAGCUGUGCCUCCCUCUCAAAACGCCUCUUGCAUUCCAGGUUUGGUUUCAGAACUGCAGAGCGCGCCAUAAAAAGCACACGCCCCAACACACAGUGCCCCCAUCUGGAGGCUCCCAGUCCCGCAUCCCUUCGGUGUUGCCUGACGACAUCCACUAUUCCCCCUUCAGCAAUCCUGAACGUGCAAGGAUGGUGACCUUGCACAGCUACAUAGAAAGUAAGUGUUGACAGCCGCGCUUAAAAACAGCGUAGCGGCUGAGAAAGCUGACGUAGCAUGCAUUAGGUUCAAGUCUCAUCACUGCAGGAAUAGCCAGACAAACCUCUCUCUCUCUCUUUUUCUCUCUCUUAGCCUCAAUCCUCUAGUUUGCAUGAUGGGGGUAUCAGUACUGACCUAUGCUGCAAGGUGGUGCAGGUGACACACCUUAAAUAGGCUGCAAUCCUAAACACAGGUGUUAGGAGUGGGCAGCCUCCAGCCCGUUAGCCUUGGCCUUAUUUCACAGGGCGCUCAGAUUCAUUUCAUAUGGGUGGCAAGUACGGAAAAAGGGAGGGAGGGAAGGAGGGAGGGAGAGAGAGAGAGAGAGAGAGAGAGAGAGAGAGAGAGAGAGAAGAGCUGUCCCCUUCGGCCUCUGACCCCAGCCACCAGUGACCCUAGGUCAGGCAUAGGCAAACUCCGGCCCUCCAGAUGUUUUUGGCCUACAACUCCCAUGAUCCCUAGCUAACAGGACCAGUGGUCAGGGAUGAUGGGAAUUGUAGUCCCAAACAUCUGGAGGGCCGGAGUUUGCCUAUGCCUGACCUAGGUCCUCACCAGUGCCAGCUUAUGGUCCACAACCCUCAACAGAUUGAUUUAUUUUAGCCCAUAUAUCUAUACUACAGUCAUACCUCAUGUUACGUUUGCUUCAGGUUGCGCAUUUUCAGGUUGUGUCCCGCGGCGAUCCGGAAGUAACGGAACGGGUUACUUCCGGGUUUUGCCAUGCACGCAUGCGCAGAUGCGCAAAAUGACAUCACAUGCAUGCGCAGAAGCAUCGAAUUGCAACCCGUAGAUGAGGGUUGCGUUCUUUUCAGGUUGCGAACGGGCCUCCGGAACGGAUCCCGUUUGCAACCAGAGGUACCACUGUACUUAAUACAUAAAAUAUCUCUAAGAUGCUGGAAGAUUCAGGAUGGAUAAAAGAAAGGACUCCUUUGCACAGCGCAUAGUCCAACUGCGGAACUUUCCUCCCACAGGAGGCAGUGAUGGCCACUAACUUAGAGGGCUUUAAAAGAGAAUCAGGCAGAUUUGUGGAGGAGGAGAGGACUGUCCAUGAUUACAAGCCGUCAUGGCUUGGCUCGGCCUCCACAGGAGGAUAGAAAGUACUCGUGUGCUCGGGCCCUGCUUGCAGACUUCCCAUAGGCAUCUGGGUGGCCACUGUGAGAACAGGAGGCCGGACUAGAAGGGGCCCCUUUGGCCUGAUCCAUCGGGGCUCUUCUUAGGUUCAUUCAUGGUGGUAUCCGUACUGUAGCUCCUUCUUCCGACACACCUUGCCCUUCAAGAACUCUGAGCCUCUUGGCUCUCACUCAUGGCUCUCACACCUCUUGGCAAAGAGGGUCUCCUCAACCUGCCGAGCUCACUCCAAAGAGAGUGUGGAUCUUGAGAGAGAAAAAGAUUACCCACCCCUAGACUAGGUAAGGAGCUCCACUGGAUAAAUUGGGAUGAAGUUGUGAAGAAGGGUACAGAGGAUUGUUGUGAUCCAAGGUGUUGAGUGACCAAGAAUCUCUCCAUGAAACAAACCAACUGACCCUGUCAAAAGGAUGGAAUUUAAAUGUGGAGGGAGGUGCCUUUGAUGAGGAUGAACCCCCCCCCCCCCGUUUGCUUAUUGGGUUUCCAUAAGGCUUGCGUUGCUCCUCACAGGGAUCUGAAAUCCUGCUCCUAUCUCACACAACUAAGCCAGGUGCAACUCAAGGUGCCCUCUGUUACCUGCCUUUCAUGACCUCUCACAUGUGCGGGACUAUCACUGUGUCUUUUGGGCACUGCACAUGCAUAGUUGUCAACUUUUCCCUUUCCUUGCGAGGAAUCCUAUUUGGAAUAAGGGGAUUUCCCUUAAAAAAAGGUAAAUGUUGACAGCUAUGCGCACAUGUGCACAAUGGCAUGGGGAGAUAGCAACAGCUGGGACUGGAGUACCAGUUACCAGAACAUGCAGCAGAACGAGGUAUUGAGGUGGGUGGGAAAAAUCACUUGGAGAAAGUCAUGUUUGGCUACUGUAACCCUCUUUGGUGCACAAAUACAGGGCGAGUCCUUUAAAAGACUCACCCUGUACUUUGAGAUAAAUAUUUUGGGAGAAUUGGGAUACCAACCUUCCGAGAACAGAAUACUUCAUGGCGUCAUGCUUUCUCCUUAAAACCAAUAUUUUUGUAGCUGGUGUUUCUCAUGCCCUGUGGCUUCCUCUCCUUGCCCUCCACUUGUGAAGCCAAGGGGCACGGAAAUCUCAAAAGCACAUCAGCAAUGCUUUUUGUUUGAUCACAAAAGAAUAAGGCUCGAAGCUGCCUUCUCAUUCACAGGUCAGGUACAGUGUGGACAGAUGCACUGCCGCCUCCCUUAUGCUGCCCCUCCUGUGCAUCUCAAAGCUGACAUGGAAGGACCCCUGUCGAGUAGGGGGGAGAAGGUAAAGGUGGUCUCACUUCUGCAAUAACCAGUGCUGCUUCCAUACCUCCCAUCCCACUGCCCCACCUCCACAAUUCCGCAACGCUAUUCCCACAAUCCGAUGCAAAAGAGCCACCCAGUCUAGCUAGAGCAGUGAUGGCCAAACUUGGCCCUCCAGCUGUUUUUGGACUACAAUUCCCAUCAUCCCUGACCACUGGUAUGAUUUCUUUGUGUAUGGGGAUGAAUCCAUAGCUUGGUGCUGGGGAUUAUGCUUUGUAUGCAGGAGGCCACUGGUUCAAUCUCUAAGAUAUUGGGUAGCAGGACUGGGAAAGGACCUCAUUAGCUGAAGCCUUGGGAGAGUGGUUGUCAAUUGGAAUAAGAGGUCCUGGGCUUGGUGGAGCAGUGGUUUGUUCUGAGCUGCUCACCUCCUUGCCCAAGGGGUGAGAAGCUCCAAGAGACAACACCAAAUAUUCCAAGACUUAUGGAAUAUUUGCAACUCUUGCUUUGUUUUCAGAUACGCAAGCAGAGCACAAGUGGAGGCCAACAGCUGGUGCCUCCUGCAAUGUGGCAGAUCAGCUUCCUUGCAUAAAAUCCCCAAGGGCAGAGACCUUGAACCCCACCCCCACCCCUGCAGCCUUCAACAAGCUCUAAGCUUUGCUUCUUGUUGCCUCUACACACAGACACACGUGUGGCUCACGGCAUAUUUCUUUCCACAUUUCAUAGAAUUGUAAGUUGGAAGGGACCCCCGGGGGUCAUCUAUUCCAACCCCUUCUAUAUUUGACAGCCUACCAGACUGCAGCUUUCUUCAACACUGGUGAUGAGACAGCACUGCCACACUAAGUGCAGCAAGGUACUGGGAAGGGGAGAGGAGAGGAGAGGGGGAAAGGGCAGGCAUGAAGCACACGGCUCUGCCCUCCAACCCAUCAUUGCCCGAGGCCACUGCUGCCUCCUGCCUUGUGGCUGGGCUUCCCCCUGCAAGCUGGCGUGGUGUCACCUUUCCCACGCACAGUCAAUCUCAUAUAUACUGUAUUCCCAACCAUCUCCCUGCUACCAUCCUGGGCUACUAUUCCACAACUUGCUUAACAGAGGAGUGGUUGGACAGCACAGUAUAUUCACUUGGAGGCCCUCAACCAGUUUGGCACUUUCUUUAAGAGGAAGAGAUGUCGCGGGGGGAGGCAUUGCUGACAAGCAGCCUAGAGGGCUCAGGAUGACAUUGGGGAGGUCCCUAUAAGUCUUGAGUGGCUCAGGGGCACAAAGUGACCCUCUGUUGGUGAAAGAGGCACUGUAGACUGGGGUGUGGAGAAGCUUUCCCUUUUGUGUUGUUGCACAGGCCCCCACCAUAGCUCUGGGUUCUCCAAUUGUGUGUUGCUGAGUCCCUCUGUAUGGCUUUCCCGACAGGUCAUCCUCUUCCAGUACUGACUGCUCCUGCUCCUCCUGACGUCCCAGGGAUACUUGGUGGUGGUGGCACUGAAUCAUACACACCAGCCAAUCCACAGCAACUGCAGACCCUCAUGCUGCGGUAACCCACCCGUGGUGGCACUCCUGAUCCCCUUCCACGAAUCCGGCACCUGAAUCUCUACGGCUCUGCAGCACAAUCCCGAUGACCGCUGAGCCCGUGACUUCCCUUGUGGAACCGUUUGGCUUUCAAAGACUCCAAGGCAGCGCAUCUCCCUGGCAGAAGAAACCAAGGACUUCAGUUCAGUAGAGUUUCAACAGCAUGCACUGUGUGGACUUGUUUCUUUCAAUGCUUUUGGACUUGUAUCUUUCAAUGCUUGUCAUCAAAUGCUUUACAACCACCUGGUCUUUGACCUUCCCUGUAGGGAACAUGCCCACCUACUCCUUUGACAGGCAGGGGGUCUGCAGCUCUGAACACCAACGUGGGCUAUCUGUGUCAGGAGAGUUCUAUCCAAGCGCCACACACACUUCCAACCCAGUCACCACCCAACAUCAGGGGGUGUGUGCGUUUGUGGAAUCAAAACCUUCCCAAUUCCUAGGAGCCACAAUCAAGUUGUCAGGGUCUAGGUCCCAGCACAGAACUGAGAAAAUAUUUGACUAUUCCUUGGUGUCAGCACCAAACUUUUUAACAGCUGUGCAAUGAACAGGUGCCUGGGAUUCUUAGUGUUGCAAAAACUAUUUGUUUACCACUUGGGGGGCCUUGGCUAAAGUGUAUUAUACUACAGAAAUAAAUGGAUAAUUAUGGUGAUGAUGAAACCUGGAAUUUCAGCUUGAUAUCUCCUCCCCUAUACAAAGCACAGUACUGUCUUACUCUGAUUGGCAGGAGCUCGCCAAAGUCUCAAGCUCUGCUUCACCAUAAAUAGAUGGCUGCUGGAUGAUACAUUGGUGCCAGUGCAAACUAGCCCUCUGUCAAAAAAAAUCAUUGCCCUCCCGUAGAUCCAUUUCCCUCCCUCUUUUAUCAUCCAUCCAAAAUGUAUGCAGUGCCAGAGCCACUCCUUGGGAACAAGUCCAUGAGCAAUUACUUACCACCCCUCCCAGUUAGAAUUGAUUGUUCCCUUAGCCUCCUUCCCUGAGGCUGGGCUUCUCCUGGGCUGCUGGCUCAAAAGGCAAAGGCACAGGUUUCCCUGUCACUGCAGUGUUGCCAAGCUGGGUUGGUCCACCAUUUCAGUGGUUUUGAUCUCUGUGGUUGAGGCUUUUACCAGUGGGAGUUUGGAGCAGGGGCCAGCUCAGACUAGCAUCUUAAAGGUAAGAAUGAGGGUGCCCGGGUGUGGGGUAGGGACGUGUCCUCCUUUUCCGGAAUGGUUCCUGAGUUUCUGGUUGAGGACUGCAGUCCUAUCUGGGCAUGGCUGAAGCAGCUGUCUCCGUGGCUGCCUUGCACCCAGCAGCAGAUCUGCUGUUGGGGAUGCAGGAAUGCACAAGAUCUUUGUCCCCUCUGCUGGUAGGGCAUAUUGCCACUUAGGACUGCUCAUGCGCCUUUGAAACCAAACAUGAACACAUUGCUCAAUGUGGUAGCACUUGGUAACUGAGGGAAGAGACUGACUGUGCAACUCAGUCCUAAGCAGCCUUCCUCAGAAGCUCAACAGAGCUCCACACUCUCCAGUAAGUGUGCAGAGAGUUGCAAUCUUAAGAAUGGAUGCAGACCAGGCACACACAUCAGGCCUUCCUAGGAUUUCCCAUAACUAUUCUUAAACGUAAAAGCAACUGCAAAGAUGCAGACUGGAUCAGGGCCAGUCUGGUGCUGGGCGAGCUUUUUUUCCCCAUUAAAAAAACACAACAGCCUGCAUUUUCUCAAUUUAAAUUGCCCCUCCCCCAAAGCUGCUUUUGCUUAUAGUAGAAAACAUGCAGGCACACUAUGUACGAGCG